ACCAAAUCACUCAUCUCGAUUCUUAUAGAUUUUGAACAGUUCGUUUUUAUUUCGGAUGAUUUUUGAUUGAAAUACUAGUAGUGAAAAUUGAUCAAUAAUUACACAAAAAGGCAGUGAUAUAGUGACGCUGACUACUGUUUUAUAAAGGGUUGUCGAUAGAUAAUUAAUAAAAACUGCAAUAUCAUAAUAUGAUUUGGUAAAUUUAUAUUAUUUUGUUUUCUUUAAAAAAUUAAAUAUGAGGUGCAAACUAUUAUUGGUUGAUGAAUCUACAGAUUCACAAUAAGCGUCUCCACAUUAAAAUAUAUCAAUAAUAUUUUAUGUGAUUUUUAAAUAUUUAAAUCGUGAGAUAUGUAAACUUAUUGAAGUCUCUUAAUUUAUAAGAGCGUCUCCACAUUUAUACAAAGAUUGUUAGGUCGUGCCAUGUGCUGGGUUUCCGAUGAUUACGAAUUAUUACUUCUUAGUUUGAUAACGGGCUGCGCCUAAUAUAUAACGCAGAACCUCAGUUAGAGAGAAAAAACAAAACAAAAAAUACUUUUAAAGUUUAAAUUUAGAUGGCUAAUUUUUAUUUUUUUUGUAUAGUAACAAUCGUCGGAUCUGAGGCAAGUGACCCAUAUUUCAUCUUCCUGUAUAUUGUUGGUUCAAACGUUUAUUUAACAUUUUUAUUUUAAAAAAAUUAUAAAGUUUAUUUUUAUUAAAAGUGUUUUACAAAGUUUUAUUUUUAUUCUUUUUACAAACGUUUUAAAAAUAUUAAAAUUAUUUUAAUAUUAAAAAGUUUAAUAAAAAAAUGUUUUUAAAAAAUAAUAAAAAGGAAAAGUGCAUACAAGUUUUAAGAAAGUUAGAAUAUUACAAAUAUUUUUAGAUAUUUUUGACAAGUAGAUGAACUUCUUUAAUUUGAAAUUUAAUCUCUACUAAUCUAUUUUUCGUAGAAGAUGAAAUAUACUUUUAGUAGAACUUAAUUUAAAAUUUUAAUUUAUCAAAUUUUUAAACCAAAACAAAUUACCAAUUUGUCUAUGUGGGUGUUUUAUCAAUUGUUUUUAUUUUUUAUAUUUUUUGGUUUAUAAAACUAUUUAUUUAAAAGGAUAAAAGAGACAAAAAAAAAUUAUACCAAAAAGACAAUCAUACUGUUUUGUUGCUCCGUUUUGGUAAAUUUCUCAAAAAUAAUUUGAUUGACUCUAUAGAUAUAUACUAAGACUUAUCUUAUUAUUUUAUAUUCUAAAAAAUAAAAAUAAAUAAUGUUUAUCAUUAGGUAAUCAAAACAUCAUUACGUGAUAUCAAACAAAACAUUAGUAACAUUACGUAUCUCUUCAUUUCUUUUAAUAUUUUGACAAUAUUUUAUUAAAAUUUAUUUAUUUAUUUAUUUUUAUGAUCAAUUAUAUAAUGAAUAAAUAUAAUUCAUUAAGGAAAAUAAUGACUUCAAACGCUCCAACUUUUAAUGUGAGAUCUCGAAUGCAAAAAAUUACUUCAUAAAUAAUAGUAUAGAUUUGGUUUAUGUAAAUAAAAUUGACUCUUAUGAAUUAAAAGUUUAAAUCUUUUUGCACUUCAAUGGCAUUUGUUUUUAAUUUAAUCAUUUGAUUUUUCUUUUCUUUUGAUAUUACUAUAUUUAUAAGGUUUCCAACUUUCAUCUAUUUCUUGUAUAUUAAAUUUCAUUUAUCUUUUCCUUCUGUUAGAAGUUUAAUAUAUCUUCUAAAAGAAUCUAGUUUACAAAAAAAAAACGUAUAAACCUCAGUAUAUUUUUUGUUAAAAACCAAUUUUAAUUUAUCAUUACAAAGAAUAAUUAUAAUCCAGGAAUUUACAAACACACUUUAAUUUAUUAAAUAUAGCUACUAGCAAAGACUAAAAUAUUUAAAUAAAAGUAAAAUUUUAUUCUAGAAAGUCAUUUAAUAUUUAUUAUGUAAUUAUCUUUAUAGGUAAUUGUUAAUUUGUUAUUCUAAAUUAGAUUAACAUUGAUCUUCCUAAAAUAAAGUUGUAGCUCACAUGGCCGGUCCUGAGAUUUUGGGGGCUUAGGCUAUUUUUGUAAAGAUUUCAUUGAGAAAAAGAAAUUUAAGAAAAUUUGAAGAUCUUUUUAAAAAAUUUGGGAACCUAUGUUUAUAUAAAAAAAUUUAAAAAAUUUGGGACUUUAAACGAAUGUUUCAUUCGGCUUUACCCAAGACCUGAACUGGUAGUCCCAGUGCUCCAUCACUUGUUUAGAGUUCAGACGAAUUUUAUUGUUCCGCAUACAUCAAUAUUAACUGGACACUUGUUUACGUGUCUAAACAUCAUUCCUCUUUGUCAUUUUCUUUGUCAUAAUUGUGAAAGAUGAUCUGAAAAUUAGGAAAAUAAGUCAAAGCAGCGUAUGUAUUAGUCAUUUUAUAAGAGUUAUACAGUCUUUUCUUUUUAAUUCUAAUUUUGAUGUUUCAGAUCUCACUAGUUGACUACUGUAUAUAUAUUUAUAUUGGCCGCAUUUAUGAUAGUCAUGAAUAAUAGGCAUUUAUGGUGGCCAGAUCACAACUUUAACCAGUAAUAGGCAACUAUAUACAUGGCUGCUUUGACAUUUGACAAUUACUGUCUCUCUCUUUCGCUCUUUUGAUUUGCCAAGAGAAACAAUGGUUGUAUAUCAGUCCAAUUUCACCAACAAAAGAUCCAGAGGGUUUAGAGUCAGGAGCCUCUCUCGUUUCGCUGAAAGAAGGGUUCAAAGCCAAAAGUUGCCGAACCACGAGGACACUUACCCGGAGCCUGGUAAAAUCAAAGUGAGUGAAGAGAAGCCAAGAGAGACACAAGAAGAAUGGGUGAUCUCGAUCAAAGACAAGGUGGAUAAAGCAUGUGGAGACGUUCCCGCAUCUAGCUGGGACAAGCUCUGUAUCUACCGAGUUCCACAUUACCUGCAAGAAGAUGACAAGAAGUCCUACUUUCCUCAAACUGUAUCGCUUGGUCCCUACCACCACGGCAAAGAACAUCUCCUGCCCAUGGAGUGUCACAAGUUGCGUGCGGUCCAUAUGGUCUUGGAAUAUACCAAGAAAGAUAUCGAAACAUAUAUUGAUGCCAUGAAAAAUCUCGAGGAGACGGCUCGUGCUUGCUACCAAGGUCCCAUUUGUAUGAGUAGUAAUGAGUUCACUGAAAUGCUUUUUCUUGAUGGAUGUUUUGUCCUUGAGCUCUUCAGGGGAACUAAAGAAGGAUUCACCGAAAUCGGAUAUGCACCCACUGACCCGGUUUUCGCGAUGGGAAGAUUGAUGAUUUCCAUUCAACGUGACAUGGUAAUGCUAGAAAAUCAAAUUCCUUUGUUUGUUCUAGAUAAGUUGUUAGAGCUACAGCCCGACACAGUGUACCAACCAGGUUUGGUGGCACAACUAGCAGUUAAUUUCUUUGCUCAACUAAUGCCAACGGGCGAGGAGCUGACUAAAAGGGACAAGGUGGAAUCCGUUGACUCAGUAAGUGACAAUGGGGAGUUGCAUUGCUUGGAUGUUUUUCAUCGAAGUCUUUUCAAGUCUACUUGGACACCGGAUAAGAAAAGUCUAAAAAAGUCCAUAUCAUCUCGAAAACAACAGUUGAUACAUUGCGUGACAGAACUAAAGGAAGCAGGAGUUAAGUUCAGGAGAAAGAAAACCGACAAGCUUUGGGAUAUUGAAUUCAGAAAUGGAUAUCUAAAGAUACCCAAACUACUAAUCCAUGAUAGUACCAAGUCUCUCUUCUCAAAUCUUAUAGCCUUUGAGCAGUGCCAUGCCAACUCGAGCAACGACAUAACAUCCUACAUAAUCUUCAUGGAUAAUCUUAUAAACUCUGCUGAAGAUGUUAGCUACUAGCACCAUUGUGGUAUCAUCGAGCAUUGGCUAGGGAGUGAUUUUGAAGUUGCGGAUUUAUUUAACCGGCUAUGUAAAGAAGUCGUCUUUGACCCAAGAGAUAGUUAUCUAUCUAAACUUUCCGGUGAAGUAAACCGUUACUAUAGUCGUAAGUGGAAUUCUUUGAAGGCUACCUUAAGACACAAGUACUUCAAUAACCCCUGGGCAUAUUUCUCUUUCUUUGCUGCACUUGUUCUGUUAAUUCUCACAUUACUUCAAAGCUUUUUUGCUGUCUAUGCUUAUUAUAAGCCAUCUUCUUAACUUGUCAUUGUUAUUUUCCUUAAUUUAUAAUGUUUGUGUGUUU